GGAAAACUACCAAAAUAUGAAGCGGCUUUUCCGUCGCUUACGGAGAGCCGGCCUGAAAGUCACCAUCAACAAGCACUCAGACCUCCAAUCCAUUCUCGUCCGGGAAGGGCAGCAUGUCGGGAUACGACCAGACGCCUCGCAUGGGGCUUCAGCACUGUCACUACCCUCCUUGGCCGUCUUUGCGUGUCCUCAAUCGGCUUUCACCACUCACGAGGUA